GCCUCCGUAUACCUCUUGUGAUGAGGCAGCACAGUGUGAGCAAACCCUUCCUAUUUAUGAGAUGAAUCAGCUGAUAGUGAGCAGUGAUGUCCGCGAUGUGCAGUCACCUCCCACCUCACUCCAGCCACAGCACUUGGAUGCAGACGGGCACUCAUCUCUGAAUGCAGAAGUCCAGGUCCACAAAGACUCCGCAAACAACAGGGCAACAUGUUCCAGCUGGAGUGACAUCACGUUUUCUGAUGGAAACAGUGAAGGAGGGCACACGGGGGCACCUCUUGCCACCUUCCAAGAAGGCAAUGGAAUGAUCAGCCCAUCUUCCUCGGAAAACGUGUCCCCCCUCAGGUACAGGUCGGAGCACCCGAUUUCUUCCAGAAACAAAGGACAGAACCUCCCAACUAGGAGCCAGAGCGUUACCUUCAUUGAUGCAGGGUCCGGCGACGGGCCAAGACUCUGCGACCAGCCAGCUUCUAGCGCUGCUGGGAGUGAUCAGAGAGAUGUUGCAAGCAAUGAAAUGCCACUACCGUUUAAACUCGAACAAUCAACAACCAAUGAAGGUCAGAAGAGAGAGGAACUUGCAGAAGAUGAAAUGUGUUAUGGGAUUUAUGACAAAAGGAAUCAUAUAUUUGAGGAAUCCCACCAAGAAGAAUAUUGCUCCGAUGAAAUUCCCAUGUAACAUCCAAUAUCGCCUUCAAGAUGUUUUUA